CCUGUGGUUUUUGAACGGAAGAAUAAACGUCAAAUUACGCAGCUCAAGGACGGACCAAGAAAUCAAUCGCGGAGUGUGUCAUUCCCUUUUCAAAUGUAAAUACGAAUUAGAAACACGUACAAUUAACUAAAAUGACUAUGAAUUGAAAUAAAAGUGUUGUUUAUGUAGUGUUAGGUAUAUAUUAUGGCACUGUGCUACUAAUUAUUAAGUAUUUAUUAUGAAGACUCGAUGAAAUCUUUAACAUAAACAAUUCGUGAUGAAGUGGCUGAUUAUUACCGCUUUGCCAGUGUAUUUGGCUAUAUCGUGGUACAUUCCUCUACUGUUGAGUUUAUUUUAUCUAACAAUAUUAUGUGUUUUCCUUGUCGUGUCUGUUUUUAUGUUAACACUUUGGGGUCAUGUCGCUCUUUCCUCUCCUCAUCAGACCUCAUUAUUUUUAGUAGAUAGAGUAGAAAAAGAAAUGCGGCAUCUAGAAGAGUCAUUAAAGGAAGACCAAACUAAUUGGCCACAUACUAAAACUAAAACUCAUUUACCGGUUAUUUUCGGGCGUACUGUUGAUAGUCAAUUACAGCAGUUAAUUGACAAUGUUUUAAGAGACUUUGUAACUCGCUGGCUAAAGGAGUGGUCUCAUAAACCAGAACCAGUGAUCGAUAAAUUAAAAGAGCAUACUUGGGGCGCAAUCCAGAACUUGUAUGAGAGAUUGUUACGUGUGGACGCUGAAAAGUUAUUAACCAGUGACAUGGUCACAAAGAUAACUCAGCAUUUUGAAAGAAUUCGAAUCGCUCGGAGCUGUGCAUUGGAAUUGAACCAGGCCCCAGUGUUUGCUUUGGCCCCACACCUGAUGUCGUGCGAGACUGAGCUGCACUACCUGAGACAGAUCAGUGAGCUCAUCAUCAUGUUUCUGAUGCCGCGAUGCUACUCGUUGGCGCCGGCGUCGCAUCUCAUGCGGGAAAUACUGGCUUGUAAAGUAUUACAACCCGCGAUAGACCUGCUGACCGAGCCAGAUUACAUAAACCAAAAGAUAAUCCAGUAUUUGGAGGCGCAAAAGGAAGUGAACGCCAUGCACGUGAGAACGCACGAAUACGCGAAGACGUUCGAGGAUUACAUAAGGCUCAUCAAUAGCUGCAAUAAUGUCGACACGCUGAAACGGUUACGGUACGACAUAGUCACGCAAAUAAUGCAAGCGACGACCUUACAAAACGUCAAACGCGCGAAAGGCGUAGACAUCGACGCGAUUGAGAAGCCGUCAGCGCAACUCAACGUCAGCAGGCAACAGAUUGCUGACGCCAAGAAGCUGAAACGCUACAUCGGUCAGCUGACGAUCGCUAAGGCGGAGUGCGAGACAGCCCUGAGGAAGUUGGGCUGGGAUGGCGCUUUUCCUACUGUUAACGAAACUGAUAGUAAGACUCUACCCUUACACAAAAUAAUGGAAAGCGUCAUCGGCCGUAGAUACCUAUCGAUGUUCUUAGAAAAAAUGUGUUCACAAGGCCUAGUGGGGUUCUGGAUGGCGGUGGAGGAACUCCGCCACAGCCCCAGGAGUAGCUGGCAUCAGCUGGGAGCCGAGAUAUUUUACACUUAUAUUAGAUCGCCUAGCGCGGAAAUUAAAGUUGAUAAGGAUACAAGAAAACGUAUGGAGGCUUUCUUACUCGGGGACAAAGGACCGGAAGUUUUUUACGAAGUUCAAGACACGGUAGUAGAUACGAUACAAGAGAAAUACUAUACUUCGUUUCUGUUGAGUGAGCAGUACAGAGCGUUUAUAGCGGAACUUGCGACUGAAGAAGCCAAUAAAGAAAUGAACUCCGAACGAUCGCCAAUAGAAGACCGUCAGCUAUCAAACGAAUCCGUCUCAUCAGCGGAAAGCGUGGCCGGCGCCUUGCAUCUUAAUGAACAUUCCACUUACGCUAGAAGAAAACUCGACCAAUUGCAGGAGAGGCACAACAAUAAAAUACAGGCACUCGCAGCCCUUCGCGCGUCUCUAAAGCCAGAUUCCCCCGCUUUAGCAAUGCUAGCCAACGAAGUGGAGCGCUUAGCGGGCGAGCAGAUGCGCUUAGAAGCUCACUUGGCCCGCACCGACACUUGGGCGGAGCACCUCGGACUGUGGCGAGCUACUGUGCAUAGCGCUGAGAUAAUAGACGAAUCAAAACCACCACAGUUUGUCAUAGUAGUUCACAUGGCUGAACAAGAAGUAAUAAGUUGCGACGACAGGCCUGAGCAAAUAUCCACUGGGUGGGUGCUAUUACGAACCCUAAACGAAUUCCAAGAAUUACAUCGAAAACUAAGGCCUCUGUGUUCGGAACUAAAAAACCUGGAGCUGCCAUCAAAUUCUUUUAAAUUUUUAUUUGGUAAAAACGAUAGGAACUCUUUAGAAAAAGCAAAAACUUUAAUACAGAAAUAUUUAGAAUUUGUAUUAGAAGACGAUAGACUAAACCAAAGCGAAGCUUUAUACACAUUCCUUAACCCCAGUUCAGAGUAUCUUAAACAAGGAGAAUUGCCAAAGAAAAAUAAGUUCUCUUUUUCUACAUUAUUUAAAAGCACGAGUAGCGAAGCAACGAGCCGUUCGUCUCAAGAGAAAGAAGCGUUCACGCACCUUUCGGCGGACGAGGACGAAAUAUCGUUGUACCUCGAUGGUAACGGAGGCGAUGCCGCCAGUAAAAACAUCACUACUGCUAUGCGUGGUACUGGCAUCGUCGGCGAAGAGAGAGACAGCAUAGCGGAACCGCUAUACGCUUUGUUGAGCGAAGUAUUCGACAUGCGAGGAGUGUUCAGAUGGCUCAGGAAAACUCUCGUCACGUUCGUGCAAAUCACAUACGGCAGGACGUUAAAUAGACAAAUCAAAGAAACGGUUUCCUGGUUAUUCUCGGAGCAGAUGCUUCAUUACUACAUCAGCGUGGUUCUUAAAUCGUGGUGGCCCGGUGGUGUUCUCAGUGAAACUACGUCGAAUCGGAACUUCCAAGAUAAAGAACAUACGCGAACGCUGGCAUCUCAGCAGCUGACAGAAAGCGUGGUGGAAGCGCUGUCUUCGCUGGUAGGCGCGCACGCCGCAGCCAGAGGCGCUCACAAGCUGUUCCUCACGCUACAGAACACUACACACAACAAACAGCUGUUCUAUGAACUCUUCGAACUAGUCUUACUGGAAGUGUUUCCGGAACUCAAAAGAUAUCACUAAUAUCUCAACUCGCUUAGGUAAGAUAAAGCCAUGACAAUAGAUUAACAAAAUUUCAUAUGAUCUUACAGGGAAUUUUAUCCAAAAACAAUGUUGUCAUAUUUUAGUACUCUUUAAGAGACAUUCCAAUAUACAUUCUUUGGUGAUUUGAAGGUUUUUAUUCCAAUAUUUAUUCGUUACCGAUACAAUACAGUAUUGAUCUCAUCUGUACUCAUACAUUUGUAGAUGUUAAUAUAUUUCGACUAGGCCUCUUUAUUAAUUUUGUGCCAAAGAUUGCACUAACCAGUAAAUAACUGCUUUAAUUUAUUUAAAUUAUCUUUAAUGGUUACUUUACAAAUAGCACUUUUGUACAAAU